GUCCAGCCUUAAAAACAGCAGUGCAGGUGUGUCCAGUCUGAAGUCAGAUCAAACUCUCACAAGCAGUCUGUGUUUGUGAAGGAGAGAGGGAAGAAGAGCUCUGUUUUAAUUCAUCUGCCUCAAUAACCAAUCCCAGAGGAGGAGGGCUGCUCUUUUAUAUUCUACAUGCUGCUGAUUCUAUCUUAUACUGUUGACAUAAUUGGAGUUUAAUGACAGUGGCAGCUUUAUAAGCGCAGAGUGAGGACCAUUGGUGGAGGAAUGGGAUGAGAAUAACUGAAGAGACAGAGGGGCAAGGCUUGCUUCAGUGACGGAGCGUGCAAGAAUACAGAAGGGACUGUGCAAGGCAGGACUGUCUGCAACUCUUAACACACUACACUAGAGAUAAACAGGGAGAGAUAUGCAGCUUUUCAUUACUCCAGCACCAAGCUUACUACUAUGAGGUUUCAUUAGAAACUAUGCCAGAAGAAAAGCCGUCUUCUUCCAGUGACAUCUGCACAGCGAUGAUUGGAUUAAAAAAAACUGAGCCUUGAUGUGUCCUGAAACGCCUAUAUUGUUUGUAAGGAGCAAAGUACCAUGCCUCUGAGGGUACACAGGAGGUGUUAAUGCAGCACUGCUAAGGGUACGGCUGACCCCUGGUCCUCUUGUUGGAUAUCAUGACGGGAGAACAUGUUUAUGCCAUCCAAGAUUCUGACACAGAUUCCAAACAACAGGACAAGGAGGCCUUAUUUGAACAAUUCAGUGACAAAGACUUGGGGGACUAUAAAAGCAGCCCCUCCCAGAACUCCAAUGCCAACCCAGAGGGCGAGGCUGUUAAUGGGACGAAAUUCUCCGUGAAGGAAAAGGAGUCUUACCCUCAGAGAGAGGCUGUGAUUAGGCCUCGUCAAACAGGAAAGAUUGAUUUUAAGUCCCUCCAGAACAGGCCAAAGUUUUCCAGUGAUAGAACAUGGCCAAGUGGCAAAAGCAGCCCACAGUCCCCCACUGGAAAGAGCAGAGGAAGAGACAAAAACAAAAGGUCCGGGAAAGGAGACCGCAACCCCCAGCAACUGUAUAAACUCAGUAUGACCAGCUCCCGGUCUAACCCCACUAUUGGAAUUGCAUAUCCACAGCAAAAGGUGACGCCACCCAAAAAGCUAGAAACUACUCGAGGUCCCAUAACUGGUAGUUACCGUUUUCAUGUCCCCAGCAUACCGGAGCGAGAAGCAGAGCUCCAACAGGAAGAUCUCAAUUAUAACAGAUGCUUUCAGGAGGCUUCCUCAAACCUUACCUCCACAAUCUAUACCUCACAGGCUCCAGAUGUUGUCCACCAACAGCAUCCCUCGCAACAGCAAGUUAACAAUCUCUCUCGGGAAAAUACCCCAGCAAGUGGGCAAUUACACUACCCCGAGUUCCAGAGCAACGGGUCAAGUUCUUGGCAUUCUACAGAAAAAACAUUUGGUGGUGCUAACUAUGGACUCUCUUCCUCGCAGAAACCAGCUAAUUUCCCAGAUGCCAAUAAAGCCACCUUUGGACCUUUGCCAUUUCAGUACGGAUUCUCGCCCUUGCAAGAUGCAACUUCAGAUCCUUUCCCCAAUGAUCAUUCUCAAGACUAUGUUGACGUUUCACUGGCAAAUACCCAGGUAACGCACAGCGAUUUUGCAUUCAAUUCAUCUGGAGAUGGGCAAGACGAAAGUGUAAGUACUGGGCAGUAUGAUAACUUGCAGCCAGAUAGGAGAACAUAUCCCCAGCCUUCACAGCAAGCCCCGUUUUUUCAACCCUCCCACGGAACGCAGUCCACUUGUUAUAAAGGAAGAACUGAUCACUCUGCAGAAAUGGACGGCGCUGUUUCUACAUCAUGCCCUGUAGAACAAAGUCACAAUACUUUCCCAGAAAAUCAAGCUAUUUUUACACAGGAAGAAAUGAAUUUGCACAACAGCGGUGCUUCCACUGCGUCAGUAAACAAGAGAAGCUCAACGCCUAAAGAUAAUGUUUCCAGUCAAAGAAUAAUGACUCAAGGAAAUCCCCUUACGAGAAAUCUUGCACAAGACUCGUUACCCCAAAUGCACUUUCAGGGCAAAACUUAUGGAAGCUCUCCAGUGACCAGCACUCCAGGCUUGGUGCCAUUUGAUAAAAACAUCCCUAAUACAACGAAGAACCACCCAAGGUUAUCACAGCCCUGGGAUGGGGCAAACAAAACAUUUCCUUCAAUCGACCAGAACACUGCACCUUAUUCCACUCCAACUGACAACCAGUUUCAGUUUCAAUGCCAACCAGCUGUAGAACAGAGACAACAUAUGGUGAAAAAUGGCAGAUUACCUUGGCAGCAGAUACAUCUCACAUCCACCAUGCCAAACCAAAACAGAAUCGAACUGUCCAGACAGCUGAGCAACCAGAAACUUCCUUUCCCACUUGCUGCUUCCGAGUGGCAGGAGGAGAACAAAUCUCACAAGAACACUUCUCCAAGCAAUCCGAGCAGUUUCCAUGGCAAAAAGCAAAGUGAAGGUUUCGCCAACCAGAGGAAUGAAGGUACCAAGCAAAAUUGUAGCCCAGCCACCACAUUUUUAUUGGAAAAUGGAGUUGAUACUAACCCCCAAAUGUGCAACUCCAGAAGUAAAAGUAUGUUCUAUGGAUUAAACCAGUCAAUGACAAGUGCCCCUUCUAGAACGAACAAUCACCUCCCGUUGCCACCAGGAAGCUUAAUAACGCCUUCUCCAUAUGAAUCCCCUCUUCAUUCACCAGUUCAAAAUCCAUCAUCCAGUAGUACCUGUUCUUCACUUUCUCCGGUCUCGAGCAGUCCUGUCAAUGCCAGCUCCGAGGACAGUCAGCUGCCCAUGGCAGGUCCACCUCCUCCUUUUUACCACCAACACUGCCACCUAAAGGAGGGGAAGUCAUUCCCCGCCCCAGACCAGAUAAACCCCAGUCUCCACCACCUCCAUCCUGAUGCCUCCAGAGCCUUUCCUCAUACCACAGAAAGAACCAAAGAUGACCUCUUGAACUACUUACACGAUAAUAAAUUCUCCAAACAGAAUGUGGACAAUGGGAAGGUUUGUCUGAAUGGCUUUGGGGUUGAACACCCACCCCCUCCUCCCUACUCUGCACAUCAGUUACUGGCCAAUUCACUAACCAGUGCCAACCUGGACCAGCUUGACGUUCUCCUUACCUGCAAGCAGUGUGACCAAAACUAUGGCAACCUUGCCUCAUUUCUUGAGCACAGACAGUAUUGUGGACUGCAUGCAAUAUCUCAAAGCGAGUUUAAAGAAACAGCAAAAAUGGAGGAAAGCAGAAAAUUUCUGAUGGACCCAGCAAAGACUGCUCAGACAACACCAGCUUUCCCUUUAUCAAGGUGCUCAUCUGAUCUACAUUUGUCUCUGCUGGGAUUAAACAAAAAUGGCGAAUUACUGUUAGACAGUGAUGCAAAAGGAGAUCCAAAGGAUGACCCUUUAAAACUAAACUUGUUCAAUGGGAUGAUGGCCCCCAUUUCUCUUACUACUUCUGAUUUAGAUAUAGAUGAUGCAAAACUGGACAGUCUAAUAACCGAAGCUCUAAAUGGUCUUGGUUAUCAAUCGGACAAUGCAGAGAUUGACAGUAGCUUCAUAGAUGCCUUUGCAGAUGAUGAUCUCUCCACAACAAAGACCAUGGGAAGUGGACAGACUAAAAUUAAAGAUGCUUUGCUGUUUGAAAGUAAAAAAAAACAUUUGGCUGUGGACGAGAGGCAGACGUCACAAUCAAAAACCUUUUUUGGCUUUGAUAGGGAUAACAUGAACACUGACAACAAGAACCUGGUUCAGGACUCUAAAAAGAAGCACGAGGAAUUUAAGAAAGAGGAAGAAGAUAAUUUAUCACAUAAAAAAUCAGGGGGGCACUUCUUUGACAAAUCAUCUGAAAAAAUGGAAAGGAUAAAGCUUGGAAGGAAACCCAAUAGUGCAUGUGUGCAGGAAAGUGUAAAAGAGACCAGGGCGCUGUGUUCCAAAAACUAUUCAGAAAGAAAUGGACUGAAAAGUUACCAAGAUAGCCCAAAUAUAGACAGAGGAAGUCUUUCUGAAGUGUCAGCUGUAAGUGUGAGCUCAGUAACGCAUAGAUUUGGAGUAAAAGAAAAUAAAAAAAGAAAGUCCGGCAGCGGGACAUGGAGCAAGGAACUCAUUCACAAAAUUGUACAGCAAAAGAACAAACUUCACAAGCUGCAUGUAAAAGGGAGCAAGAACUUGCCAUUUUCUUUAGUAAUGGAAAGGCUUGCCCCAGCACCACAGAACAGUAAGCUGGGAGAAUAUGACUACAUCUCAGAUUCAGAUGAAGAAACUGAACCUCUAAAAAUCAGCGCCCGCAGCCGUCUGGGUCCAGGCCUAAGUGGCAGACCCAAAUACAGCUACACAAAAGAGUAUAAAGGCCGAGGGGGGAGGGCUACGGAGAAACAAACUACAUGGAAACAUGGUGCAAAGGACAGGGGUUUAGAGAGCAAAUGCACUGAAGCACUAAGUCCACUACAGAUGAAAGAGAACUCUGGUAGGAGAGUUAGGAGACGGAGUAGCAGAUCCUCAACAAGCAGUGAUCUCAGCACACCUGCAAGUUUCUCAAGCGAAAGUAUAAACAGUCCAAAGAGUACUGACAGGACAGAUUCUGACAAUGAGAAAGGGAGUCCAGAAAAGAUAUCCAGCUCCAGCGAGGUUACACUUCCUGAUUCUUUUGAACAAGAAGUGUUUAAAAGAGUACCUAACAUUUCCAAAGAGUACUGCACAACAGAUUUUUCCAAAAACACAAAGAGAUACGGCUCCGCUAAGUUUCUGCUUGCUGGUAGAAAGUCACAUCAUCAACAAAGAUCUAUAUUUCUGCAUUCAAGUUACAGGAUGGAGGAAAGCUUAUCAGCUAUCAAAACAUAUAGUAUCAACAAAACCCAUGAGAGCUUCGACAGCAAAGGAAUCUUUAUGCAGGACCCAAUACUGUCUUCUGAAAGUUGCGCUACUACAAGAGAUGUCUCAGAAAGGAUUGACAAUGCAAUGAAUUCUGUAAACUUUAAUUCAACUGUCAGGAAGGGUGUUGCAUCCUAUAAAGGGCUUGUUGCAGACUACUGUAAUGAUGAGUCUGUUGUUAAAUCAUCUCAAACCAGUGAAACAAUCCCUGAUGUUAACACUGACAUUGCAGAUUGCAAGAAAAACACAAUGAAAGGUGUAUUGGACGUAAAAAAAUCUGAUUUUGAAAGCAAUAGCAAAGACUUUCAUGAUUCAAGUGCAGUGGAAAGAAGUGAUGUUUCUCCUUUUUUGGAAAUCAUGGACUUAGGAGUAAAAGAAUCAUCAAACAUAUAUGACUGUGAUGCUUAUUCAAAGCCUUUGCCUGUAACCAGUUCUGAGGCUGAUGAUAUUUAUCUGUGUCCAUCCGACCUUCAUAACGACUCAAUUCAGAAAGAUCAUUCAAAGCAGUGCACCAUGUCUUACCCAAUGGACAACGAGCAAAGCUUGGUGAAAUCUCCACUUACAUUCGAUACUUCUUCGAUGUUUGGAGAACUUUCAGUGCCUGGGUUUGACAACAGUUUGUAUACAGACGUCAGUAAAGAUAGUUAUGAUACUUUCAAUUCAAAUCAUACUGACAAAAGAGCAUUGUUUGAGUCGACAUACCCUCCAUUUUUAGAGAAAAAAGACUGGAAUAUAAUGGAUGAAGUGAGCCCUAUGUUGUCUGAAGAUAUUUCUCAUUUUCCAAAUCUCUCUGUUGACAAGGCGCUAAAUAAGGAUGACAAAUCUAUUUCACCUAGGCAGAUGCCCUUAGCAUUGCCGGAUAAAAUGGCGGACUAUAAUGCUCCAUUUGUAAGUAACAUAUCUGAUGAUGAGCUAGAGAUUAAAAGAAUUGUUACCGAAUUGGAAAGCCAACUUCAGACAAGCAAGCUAAAAGGUGGAGUUUCAGAACAGCUAACCUCCAACAGCAAGUUUCCAACUCUACAUUUGCAUCAAGAGCCUGAAAGUGAGAAAGACAUGUUGUUGACAGGCACUAUUCGAGGGACCACAGUUGAUCCUAGGCUACAGGAGCACUAUGACGAUCAAGACCAUUCAUGGUCGUGUACUUUUCAAUUUGGGUCUUUGGAUGCUCAACCAUGCCUCCAUACGCCAGAACACGAAGAGCCAAGUUCCCUUGAUCACUUCUACUCCAAAAAAGAUGAAGCUGAAAAUACUGAGAUUACAGUGAAAGGAGGAGAGAUGCCAGAGGAAAAUGAGAAAGGGAAUACCACUGCAAUUGCAGGCCCUUUGCCAGACAAAUCUGAAGAAAUCCUUGAAAAUCAAAAGUAUGCUGAAAAUCUCAUGAAAAGUCUGGAAGUCAUUUCAGAUUCCAUCUUUAGUAAAGGUACUUUAUCAGAUGACCCGGAAGUGUCCCUGUUUCUAAACAAAGAGUAUAGGGAAGAAAGUAAUUCCACUGUACAGCAACAGGAUGAAACAGAGGGGUCAUCACAGACUGAAUCAAUUGAAAGCAAAGCUGGAGACGUUGAAUCUGAGUGUGUAAAGCACAAAACAUUGCUAUUUCCAUUUGGGGACCCAGACUGUUCUAAUAAUGGAGAUGUAGCACUUUCUCCUAAAACAACCACACACCAGUCUGCCAUUAUGAACCCAGAAUAUGAUAUAAAAGAAUUUCAAUAUAAGCCAUUUAGUGACCACAAAGCAGAACCUGAUCAAAGCGAACCGCCCUUGACAGCUCAGCAAACUGACUCAGAAACACCUAAGACUCAAAUCAUUGAGGAAAACACAAAGGGAAAUGAUCAUCUGGCAACAGAGAUUUCUUGCACACCUGAGAAAGAUACUUGCAUAGACUCCACAGUGAACCCCUUACAACAACUACAGCUUUUUGUUGCUCGUAAUAUAAAGCACAAUGAGGAAGAAAUGAUAAUGCCUUCUUACCCUGUGUUGCUGUCUACCACUCCAGUUUCAAUUGCACGUGACCAAUCAGAGCAAAAAGAGGAGAACUUUAAAUCGCCCAGCACAGAAACAUCAAACGUACCAAAAGACAAACUGAAAGAUACCAAUUAUUUAAAUGAAAAGGAACAGAGUGAUAAGGGGGUCUUUAAAGAGGAAUGUGUGACCGCAUCGACGGAAAAGCAAGAACCUCAUCACAGUGAUCAAAUGCUAAAACCAAAGAUGUCUGAAUCAUCUAGCCAUGAAUUUCAAAAUGCUACACAACCACAGCACUCAACAGAUGAACUUUGUAAAAAUAACAUUAGCACACCUGGGGCUGAUGCAGAGCACAGUGACCUGUUAUCUCCAUGCAGCACAACUACAAAAGCUUUGCCAGAGCUGGGUAAUCAGAUCUUAGUAAAACAGGAACAUGGGGAUGGAGAAAAGCAAGCCUUGACAUUUAGAGAACAUGAUACAUUGAAAAGUUGUGAUACACUUGCUGAUGAUGUUGUGUCGAAACCAAAUACAGAUCUUACAGACUGCCAAGAGAGAAAUGAGCAACUAGCACAGUUAAGUUCUACUACAUACUCCUUGCAGCACCAAUGUGCAGAAGAAGAGAGUAAGGAACAGGCAGAAAGCAAUGCUGUUGAGGCACACAAUAAUCCUUCUCCAUCUGUGAACCACAAUGACUUAUACGAUCAGUGCAACUCUCACAAGAUGUGGCACAACUUUGACAGACUUUCACCUAUUUCCAUGGAUGCCCACUCCCCAAGACAAGAUGAUAUAUUAAGAACACAUAGUGUGGUGUUGCCUCAUUCUGAUGAAUCCAUUUCGUCUGGCUUGUCUUACUCAUUUGUUGACCUCUCACACAUCAGCGUUGAACCUAAAAAGGAAAGCCUAACCAUUGAUUGUGAAGCAAGUGUUCUCUGUAAAAGUCCAUUGGUUAACAUUCUUGAGCCAUCUGAUUCACUUAAUAAUGGUGAAGAUACUUUUAAAGAAACACAUGCAUUUUUGGACCAGCCAUCUGGACCAAACCAGGAUUUACCAGGAUAUGAGCUAAAACAAAGUCCAUUGAACUACACCAGUCUUGAAGUCUACAGCGGUAUGGCAGGACCGUCAAAUGAAUGCAAAGACAAUCAGGCUUUCUAUGAUGAAAGCAUUGAGAAUAACUAUGAUCACUCUGAGGUAAGCUUACCCCUGCCUUUAACAUGCAAGGAGUCUUUAAAACCAGACAACCAUAUACAUGAUGGGUCCUCUUCUGACUCAUGUGACAGACAUGUGGAUAUUCAAGUCAAUCUUUGCUCUUCAGCAGUGCCUGACCAAAGCAUUAAAUGUGUAUGCACUGAACUGCUUUGCUCUCACGAUAAAGAAAACAAUAUUACUUCCAUUACAAAUGCAAUACUGGACUUUCAGUCAAUGUCACAUGGGAUUACAAAUGUAUGGCACUCUCCUUUAGCAACUAUAGAAUAUAUGGACUUACAAAGUGAUCAUUUAAAGAAAUCAGAUUCAGUAGUUUUGGGUCUGAGUCUUAAAUCACCACAACCUGAGAAAGAAACAGUUUCUUUGGACCAUGAAGCUUUAGAUAAUUCAGAAACUCUUCAGACCAUGGAAAAAUGUAUUGAUUGUUCUUCAGACACAGAGUCGAGUAGACAAUCAGACCAAGUGCCACAAAUAGAAGAAAUAACAAAACCAAUUAAAAUUGAGGAAAAGGACACUGUUGAUAAAACUGAAUCUAAAAAUGAGAGCAAUGUUCCGAAAAAGAAUGGAACAAAAUUAUGUGACAUUUGUUCAGCAUCUUUCCGAUCCAACCCUGGGUUGAAAAGACACAAGGCAAUGAAACACAAUGUUAAGAAAGCUGAGGCUAUCAAGGAAGAGAAGGCUUUGGAAAACAUACUGAGCUGUCAGCUACAAGCAGAUCAGCAAGCAGUUUUGAAGGUGGAAACUGAUGUAUCCCCAAACAUCACUGUGGAUGAUAAAUGCACUGUGGAGAAUAACAUUCAAUUGCAUAUGUUAGAAAAGGGGCAAAAUUAUAUCCUUUCGCAGUCAGACCAACAAGUUUCUUCACCGCAUGAAGAUAUGGAAAGCUGCAACAGAGUAUCUUCUGAAGCAAAUUUGCCUCUUUUUAGAAUCAGCGAAAAAGAAAUGAGUACAGCUGUGGAUGAAGAUGAUGAAGGUGAAGCUACAGCAGAAAUAAAUGAAACAAACAAGAGAAAAAGGUUGGGUCCUAAAGGGAAACAAAAAUUGUUACAUCCACAAGGAAAAACACUGAAAAGCAGGAAAGUGGAUAAUAAUAAUGACAAUUAUUAUGAACUAAAAGGCAAAAUGGCUGAACAUUUUUCAGAGGAUAUUUUAACUAUCCUCAAAUCAGAUAUUUUGCAAGCUAUAACCCCCAAUGUCCCUGGCAUUUCAAGAGACAAGAACAAAACUGACCCACCCUUGCAAGAACCAGAAGAGAAGCCAAUAAGUAAAAAUGCAGGGCAACUAGAAGUGAAAGACAACAAUGUCUUCUCAUACGAAAUGAAACAUGAUGAGGAACUGAUGACAUUGAGUCCUGGGAAAACAGAUCUGGACUUACCAGUUCAAAUGGGUUGUCUUACUGAAAAAGAAGACCAAGUCAGUAAAGCACAUAUAAAAGGUGUGGAACUGGAGGAGGUUGCAGAGAAGGGAACUGAAGAAAACAGAAUGUGUUGUGUGUAUGAAGGGGAAGAUGAAAGAAACAUGAAAGGGAUGUGUGAACAGAAAGCAAUUGUCCCCGAAGCAUCACACACUGAAAUACUAGGAGACUCAGUGGAGGUGAACUGUACAAAGAGUUCCUGCAUUCCCGAAUUCACAGAAUGGGUGGGCACACCGCCAUAUCCUUACGAACCACCCUCCUCAAGCGUUAGCAAGUCCCAGUCAGACUUGCAAUCCCUACUUGAUGACGAAAGCAAAUUUUCACAGCUGUUUCCUCGGGAUGACCAGAUGAUCCGGAAGAAAUGCACGAGAGUGUACGGUAAACGAAAUAAAAAGCAGAAACCAACCCCUGAGCUAUUCGUUAACGAACACAUUUCGGUCAGACUUACACCCCCUGAUAACAAACAGGAUGCUGACAACUUUGUGAAUAACAGUUUUGUUAGCAAAAGAAGUGACCAUUGCAAAUAUGAGACAAUAUCAACCAAUGACACCUUGAUGCUGGAAAUGUGUCAUAAGAGCACUUUAAAAAUUGACAAAGUUGUUUCCGGCUUUGAGAAUGCAACCCUCACAUCAGAAGGGGAGACAGACCAUGAAAGUGAACGCCUGAAUAAUAAAGACAGUCGCAGCAACAUGGAAUUUCUUUGCCGGAAUAAUCAAGCAGGGAAUAAGCCUGCAUUACCUGCAGUAAUGUGGGCUGGCACCAAAGAUCCAGUGACAGAUAUUGUAGCAGACACUCUCCAUUCACUAGAAUGUUCUAAGGAUUUCAAAUGUGACGAUCUAGCCAUACCCUGCAAUCAAGACUCCUCAGACCCUUCAGAUUCUCUUGUUAAUGUAGCCAGGAAUCCUGAUAAUCCUUCUCAGUUUCAUACUAUAGAUAUCCAGAAUUUAAACACAAAAUUUCAACUUCCCGCCAUCCAUUUCUUUGACUCCACUAAAGACACACCUGCAUAUGCCAGUAUCAGCAACAAUGACACUGUCAACCUAAAUAUGAAGGCCAGUCGAAGAUCAGAGGAAGUGAAACUAAAGAAUCGGUGUGAGAUCAGCAAGAAAUCAAAAGACAGGCAAUACAAAUGUAAGGUGUGCUUCAAGUGGUUUCAGACACUUGGGGAACUUAAUUUUCAUAAGCCCUCCCACAACCCUUCCCCUCCACCAACUUGCUACAUGUGUGUCCAGCGCAAAUUCAGCUCCAGAGAGCAACUGCGAGAUCACUUAAAAGAGAAGCAUGCCAAAAACAAGGCUGGCAUAUGGACUUGUGGGAUGUGUAUGAAGGAGAUCUCUAACGUCUGGAUGUACAAUGAACAUUUGAGAGAGCAUGCCAUUCAAUUUGCAAGAAAAGGACAAGCUCAACAAUCUGUGCUGGGCAUGCCUGGUUGUUUCAUGGAGCAAACAGCCGUUAAACACUUCUUGAGUUCCAUCAUGCAACGAAGACCAAGCAAGUCAAAGAACAAUGAGGCUAGCACAAAGUCGCCUUCAAAUAAAGAUGCAACGGCUGUGAAAGAGAACGUUGAGCUAGAUCUGAAGAUCAAAGAGGAAAAUGAUGCAUCUGUUAAGAACAAAUUGAACUCUAGCUGUGUUGGAAAGCUCAGCACAAAUACAUUGUCGGAGGCCAUGCAGAAAUCCGAACACAUUCAGAAAACCGUCAAUAUGCACCCAAAUUGCAAAGACCCUUCCAGAGACUGCCACCACUGUGGAAAACAAUUCCCCAAACCAUUUAAACUUCAGCGUCACUUAGUUGUUCACAGCUUAAAAAAAAUGUACUUGUGUCACAAGUGCCCAAUCUUUUAUCAGGACCUGCAGGAACUCAAAACUCAUGUAAAAGAAGAGCACCAAGAUACAGAAGAACCCGAGAUUAAACACACAACACUGUAUGCAUGCGAGCUGUGUGCCGAUGUCAUGCAUGUUAUCAAAAAAUCCUUUAUUUGUAGCACUUGCAAUUACACGUUUUCAAAAAAAGAACAAUACGACCGACAUAUGGAGAAGCAUCUUGCAGAAGGGAGCAAGACCUUUAAAUUUCGGGGAGUCAUGAGGCCAUGCAAACCCUCCAAAGAUGUGGGUUUUGAGCUGCAGGCCACUGUUACUGAUACUAGAGGUUCUAUUCCCCCACGUAAAAAGAGAAAGAUUUCACCUGAUAGUCUGAGUGAGACCAGUUUGGAUGGUGGCAUUGCAAGUGUUGUGUCACUUCAUUUUAACCACAGCAUCGAAACCCAUGUUACAAAAGAGCCACGGCCUGUGACUUCAGAUUUCUUCUCAGAGGCUAGCGAUAACCCUCCUGAUCUUCAGGACAUGACUAUAAAAACAGAAGACGACGUAGAUGACCUUUCAGAAUAUUUGGCCGAGAUGGAAGAAUCCCAGUUUAAUAUUGUCCCUGAAGCACCAUGUCUUCUCCCUUCUAUUUCCAAUGCUUUGACUGGUGACCCUCCUUCACCUGAACUUUGUACUGAAGAAGUAGACAUCCAGUCUGCACAUUGCCUGAGCACCUCCCAAAAAGAUGUUGAUGAUGUUCAUUACGAACAGCACACACAGUCGCCAUCAAAUGUUGAUGAUAUCGUCAACAGCAAAAGAUGUCAAGUGGGGUCUGGUAGCAGUGCGUUGAAAAAUCCUAUAGAGACGGUUGAAAAGACUCAGCCUUCUGCUGAUGAUGAUUCCCACUAUCAUGAAUCGUCAAAGGAAGAAACAGAAUGGUCUGAAUCCAUCAAAUCUGUAUCAGAAACCACAGAUCUUCAAAGUGAGUCAUUGGUUGUGGAUAAAAGUUCAGGGGCAAAGAAUGUUAUCAAGCAAGAUGGUACUUCCCAGUGUAUUGUUGAAGAUAUAUUGAAAGCUUCCAAAGCUAAUGCUAAACAAAUUGGGGAACUACAGAAACUGUCUAUAGGGGGUCAGCAAAAAAGUGAAAGUGAAAAAAAAGGUUCAAAGACCAGUGAUAAUCAAAAUUUCUGCCAAGCCAGGGAGAAGGCAUCUUUAAAGUCGAGUGAGAACGCCAAACAAAGCUUUGACUGUACCAAACCUGCAGAUGUCAUUCAGAAGCAUUCAAUAGAAUGCACUGGAUCUGAUGAGACCGGAUUGAAUGGCAUAAAGCACAUAGCUUCUAUUGUGGGGAAAGGAGAAGAAAAGGAAUCUGUACAAUCUUCUUCAAAACUUCAUCAGAAAAAAAGAAAAGAAUACAAGACAUCUCUGGGUUCAAAACUUUCCACUGCCACCAGAGAAAACAUGGAUUCUGAUGUGAAAAAGAAAAAACUUAGAGUGCAAAGCCCCUUAAAAAAUGAAAGCACUGGGAGCUCUAGGAAAACAGACAUUGCUAAUGAUCCCCCAUUGCUUUCAUCAGCCAGAGAUGAUAUGACAAGCAACAAAUUAUAUGUGAAACCGAAAAUCGGAGGGAUUAAUAACAUACAGCCAAAGAAAAACUCUUUUGACAGCUAUCCUCCAAAGAAAAUGGAUAUGCACCAUUCGAACUGGGAUAUCAAAAGCAAAAAAGGCAUCUUCAGAAAACCUUUGCAUUCCUCUCUGUCUAAAGGACCGAGUCCAUUUGUGUAUAGUUCCCUAAACAAGCACAGGACUGUCCCUGGGGUGAAGUCUCCUGAGCCUCACAGCUACAGGACAGCUGAAUCCCAGAAUCAUCUGCUCAGCCAAUUGUUUGGGCAGAAAUUAACCAGCUUUAAGAUCCCUUUAAGGAAAGACACCUCUGAGUAAUUUAAUAAAUCUGACUUGUGGGGAUGCUGAAAACUGUCUUCAACAGAUUCACAAAAACAUUUAAGCUUUUGACUGCCGAAUUAUUUCUGUCUAGCUUAAAUGAGAUUGCAUGACUGCCUCUGUGAAAUAGUUUUGCUUUAUGUCUACUAAUCUUCUACUUUAAUUCACCUGUUUUAUCAUGCAAAUGUGAGGACUUUGAUGUCGAGAGUGAGUUUUAUAAACUGAUAAUGUAAUUGCUUUUGCGCAGACUAGGACGUCAAGAGAAAUGUAUUUUUAUUUCUGAAGUACUGAGGUUACAUGCUACUUAAAUGUGUCAGCCCCCCUUAAAACUGUGUCCAUUUAAUAUCUGAACAAAAGAAAAUACUUGAAGAGGAGCUGCAUUCCGAAUGCAUGUCUGUUUCAUAGUGUAGGGUUUACAUGGUUAUUUUAGUAUUUGUAGCUGUGGAUCUACAUCAACAAAAACUGUGCCAUUUCACCACACCGUCUCGUACUGUCCAGAUAGCUCUUAAAUAGUUAUUCUGUUAUGUUACUGUAAUAAGGUGACAUGCAUGCUUUGUAUAUACAAUAACUGGUGCUAUUUUUCUAAUGUGAAUACAGACUUUCUUGAUCAAAGGAAACAGUUAAUCAAUAGCAGUUACCUUUCAGAAACAAUUAUGCUGGUAUUCUGUAGCUUUUCAAAAAAAUCUGUUUAUGCUUAAUGACAAAGUGUUAAUUUGUAGGUAAGGAACAAAAAAAGCCUUCUUAGAAUAUAAACUCAGGUGCAAACCAGGACAUUUCACAUUACUGAUGUUUAUGAAAAAUAACUCCCCAGUCAAGGAGGCGAAUCAGUGCACUGAUGUUCUGAUACAAACGACCAUAGUACUUUUGUGUCUGUCCUGCAAUUUUGUAUUAUUAUUUUUAGAUUUAAAAGGUGCUUUAUUAUCUUGUUCAUAUGUAUCGUAUAUUGUAUGAUAAUGUAGGUAAUUUUACUUUGGGUGCAAUGCAUAUGUCAGAAAUUUUAUUUUAAUAUUGUGCAAAAAAAAAAAAAAAAAACAGGAUACUUGCAAGUAAGUUUUUAUGUUGUAAGUGUGCUACAAAGUGCCUCUUUAAAAGUUGGUUAUUAAAAAAAAGCUACAACUUUGUUUAAGUGUUUUGUUAAUCAGUUGUCUGGCCCUGUUAAGUAAUGCUGGGAACAAAUAUUGAUUUUUCAUCUUGGAAUAUUGUUAAGUGAAUACCUGUAUAUGGAAAAAAGUAACAAAACACAGAGGAUAGAACUAGUUUUAUUUUUUUUUUUUUUAUUUCAGCAGCAGGUAAUACAAUUGUCACGUUUUCUAUUUCAAUCCAUGCAUGCAUCUUAUUUUCUGAUUGAUACAUAAAUAAGGCAGUACUUUGAAAUGAUUAGAAUGUGUGCCUCAUGAACUCUUAAAGGAGUAAUAACCAAGAUAUCCAGCACUGCACAGAGGCAUGGCAUGGAAUUUCCCCCAUUGAAACUGCAUUGAAAAUGGUCCUUCAGAGAAGUGACAUAUCCCAGUUGAAGGGACAUGAAAUAUGAAAGUAAAUGUAAUUUAAGAGUAAAAGGAAAAUAUGAAAUAGGUUAGUUCUAACUGUGGCUUAUCUUGGCAGAGCAUAGGCUGAUUAAAGCAAUCCUUAAAACAAUUUUCAUGGCAUGAAGAAAAUGCAUAUCCAUUGGGUGAAUUAUGUUCUAUUUAAAAAAAAAAGUCCAUUCAAAAUAACGGCAGGUGCAUUUGAAUAUUUGCAAAUGUGCUAAAACCAUAUUGGAUCUUAUUUCACCUGGAGAGUGAAAUUGUCCCCACAACUUUUCUACGAGAAGUAACCAACCAGCUGCUUCCCUUAAUGACUGACUUGCUUUGCAGCUACAGUAAGAUGCUUGUCCCUGAAGACACCGCUGAAGGGAAGUGACCUAGGAAGUGGAAGUUUAACAGAUAUCCUGUAAGUCAAGACAAGAAGACUCGAAACCUUAUUUUAUCUGGUGUAGUACCAGUUAAGAAUGAAAAUACAAGUUUGAGAUAUCAUAUGAGAACUACAGUAUAAGUGAAUGGAAGUGCACAACAUCUAAGAUUUUUUUAUUUUUUUUAUUUUAGCUACGACCCAUUUAAGUUAGCAAUUAAAUGGGCAUUGCAGAAUUAGCUAAAAUUAAUAACACAGUAAUUGCAGGACUUGACCCCAAACAGAACCCUCAGUAAAUGAAGAUUCCAGUGCUGUCUCUUUGAACCUUGCAAGUUCCCCUUGAAUGUGAACUACAGAAGAUCACAGAGAACAUUGUCAGUGAGAGAUAGCGCAGCCACGUGUUGGAUUCUGUGCCAUGGGGGUUGUAAAUAAGGCUACAGGAUUAAUUGAUAGAAUUAUUUUCUGAGUCGUCUUUUGUUUAUUGAAUCUCUAAAUGCUUAUGUUUUUUUUUUUUUUUUUAAAUCCUGCCAAGCAUUGCAAAAAGGAGAUAAAGCCGGCAGGAAAUAAUUACGUGUCAGAGGCAAGGGAAGACUCUUACGGAAAAUAUAGUUCUAUCACUUUCUUUUUCCAAUUUAUUUCUUAAUUUUGGUAAAACUUUAGUCUUGGGAUCUGUAUGCUAUCAACAGGUAUAGCUUAUGAUUAGAAAUAAUAAACCACUGAAAUACAUACAUAUAUUGAAAUAUGAAAUGUGAAAUAUAUUGUCGUCAUAACAUAAGAAUUGCACAGUACAGAGCAUUAUAUCAUAUUAAACAUAUAGGGAUAGAUCCUCAAAGCUAUUUACUCCAAAUUGUGAUUAUUUUUUCUGAAUGGAAAAAAACACUUAUUAAACAUCUACAAAGAAUAAGAAACAAUUCAACACUUCAUUCAAGUCCCUGAACUAAAAGUCUUACUUGUUUAUUUCUGGUUUAGUAACUUAAGUGGGAGCGUUUCUCCUUUCUGAAAAAAAAAAGUUGCUAAUGACAGUUUAAAUUAAAUAGCUUUGAGAAUGUAGCCUAUAUAGUAUUAUAUACAAACAUAUAUAAUAUAUAAUAUAAAUAUACCUGUGAUUUUUUUUCUAUAUAAAAAACACAUAACAGAUCCCUAAGCUAAAGUGUUACCUUUGUUGUGUUUAUGUUGUGAUAAAAGUUUACUGCAGUAUAACAUGGUAAAGCAUAGUAAAUAUUUUAAAUCAAUUGAAUACAUAUCUCUGAAAUACAUAUUUUAAGUGUUUUCUAAACAUAAAGUUUGGACUAAAUAUGUCAUUAUAUGACAAGUGAAAUCUAUGCUUUUCAUUUGCAUUGGAAUUAUCACAGGAUACCAGGACACUGUUUCAAUGAACACGUGUCACAGGCUUCCUUCAAAGGACAGCACUACCUGAUUUUGUUAGACUCAGAAAGGAAGCAGCACAGAACUUACUUUUUAUUAAAUCCAAAGGUUUUAAAAAAGGAAAGUCCUAAGCAUGUGUCACAUAAUAGCAAUAACCUAAGGACACAGGAGACUGAUGUCGACUGCUGACUUUUAUAUCUCAAUAUUUUUCUUUUGGUAACGUUUUAUUUGAACUGGACACAUUGUAGCAUUGUAGGACACAUUCAUGACUUGCAUUGUUGGACACAUUCAUGAUUUGCAUUGCAGCAAUGUAGGACACAUUCAUCACCACUUGUUCUGAAUACUUAUAUACCUGUUAUGUUGGUUUGUAAAGUUAUGUAGCCUUUAUGAAGGUGUUAUGAAUGCUGCUGUAUGGUUCAGCAUAACUUUUAUUUUAACAUAUAGGAAAGCAAAAUA